GAGUGAGACCCAAGUUGGAAAAAAGACAAACAAUUUCCAUUUUCUCUAUUUUUAAAUUUUCUUCAUUUUCAUCAUUUGGCUGCUUCAACUUCUUUGGCGAGAAAAGAAGGGAAAAAGAAAAGAAAGGGUUAUUUUCCUGCCACCUAAACAUGAUACCCUCUGAACAUCAUUUGACCCAAACCUAACCUAACCGGUUUUUCCGUCAUGGACGCGCGUCGAGCUCCACGCGCCGUCAUUGAUCCUAAGGUUCGCAAAGUCGGGUUCUUCGCCCCGCCCGAAGCCUCUCAAUCGGGUCCACCCGACCCGAUCUCAUUCCAACUCCCUCCCUCCUCCAACUCCCUCUCGCCGGUCAUGAUCCCUCCGCCGUGCCACGCAGCUGAGAAUCUCGGCCUCCACGCUCGUCCCGACGCGACUUCUCCCUCCGCCGAGGAAUCCGUCGCCGCCGGGAGCUACUCCAGCUCGUCCGAGUUCUUCCACGCUCCGAUGUCUCCGGCGCCCUCCAGCAGGAUCGUCCUCGGCAACGGAGACUUCUUCCACGGAGCUGCUUCGUCGCCGGGACGCGGCGGUGGUGGAAAGGUCGCGUCCUCGUUUCCUCGUGGCGGGUUUGACUUGACGGUGGUGAAUGAUGCUUCCCUUGCUAUUCGCGAAAUAGAGAAAGCAGGCAAAGGAGGAGGAGCAAUGGUGGAAGUGAAAGACCAAGCUCUGAAUGCUAAACAGAAGAAAGAGAAGACCUCAAAAGCUGAAAGACGAGCUCUUCAAGAAGCUCAACGAGCUGCUAAGGCUGCUGCAAAAGCUGAAGGAAAUAAGGCAUCUGUAACUCUGGCUUCAGUGAAUGUAAAACCAGCUAAAGCUGCAAAGCCCCCACAAAAAGUUGAUAAUGCUUCAGUUGCAGCCUCUGAGAAGAGGGGAGGUGAUCGUCCACCAGAAAAAGAUAGAAAGAAAGAUGUUCCUCAGCCACGCAUGCAAUAUGAUGAUAAGAGCAGAGUGGAGAAAGCCAAACGGCGUGCUGUGGUAAAACAGACUGAAGCUAGGAACAGAGUUGAACUGUUCAGGCAUUUGCCACAGUAUGAACAUGGAAGUCAGCUCCCAGAUCUUGAGGCAAAGUUUUUCCAGCUUGAUUCUGUGCAUCCUGCAGUUUAUAAGGUAGGUUUGCAGUAUCUGUCUGGAGAUAUAUCUGGUGGCAAUGCUCGUUGUAUUGCUAUGCUUCAAGCAUUUCAAGAGGCCAUUAAAGACUACCGAAUUCCAUCUGAGAAGACUCUUGUGAGAGACUUAACAGCAAAAAUAAGUAGUUAUGUUUCUUUCCUCAUUGAGUGUCGACCACUUUCUAUCAGUAUGGGGAAUGCAAUUAGAUUUCUCAAAAGUCGAAUUGCCAAGGUACCUCUGACACUGUCUGAGUCAGAAUCAAAAAUCUCUCUUCAAUCAGAUAUUGAGCGUUUUAUAAGUGAGAAAAUUAUACUUGCCAACAAGGUGAUAGUUAAGCAUGCUGUCACAAAAAUAAGAGAUGGUGAUGUUCUUCUUACUUAUGGGUCAUCAUCGGCAGUUGAAAUGAUACUCUUACAGGCACACGAGUUAGGGAAACAGUUUCAAGUUGUAGUGGUAGACUCUCGUCCAAAACUUAGAGGGAAACUUUUACUUCGUAGGCUGGUGGAGAAAGGUCUUAGCUGUACAUACGCUCAUAUAAAUGCUGUAUCCUACAUAAUGAACGAAGUUACUCGAGUCUUUAUAGGUGCUUCGUCAGUGUUGUCAAAUGGAACAGUUUAUUCAGGAGUUGGGACUGCUUGUGUUGCAAUGGUUGCCCAUGCAUUCCGCGUCCCUGUUUUAGUAUGUUGUGAGGCUUAUAAAUUUCAUGAAAGGGUACAGCAUGAUUCCAUAUGCUCAAAUGAACUUGGUGAUCCAGAUGUCAUCGCUACAGUUCGAAGUAGAGAGGAUGUGAACCACUUGGAAGCGUGGGCCAAUACUGAAAAUCUGCAACUUCUAAAUCUGAUCUAUGAUGCAACACCUUCAGAUUACGUUUCCAUGAUAAUCACAGAUUAUGGCAUGGUUCCACCCACAAGUGUACCUGUAAUUGUAAGGGAAUAUAGCAGAGAACAGGUGUGGAUAUGAAUGCUUCAAAUGUGGAUGAUCUCAAUUUUGUAUGCAUGCAGAAUCACUAUUUUGGCAAUAAAAAUUUGGUGAAGGUUGUGAUGAUGCAUAUUUUUUGUAUUAUUUUCUCAUUCUGUAAUAAUGUAACGGUCCUUUUGUCCUUUUCAAAAUUUUGGACGGUUUCUCUGUAUUCACCUGUCGCAGUGAAGAGUGCGAGUUGUCGCCUCUCCAGACAGAUUUUGGCUUUGCAUUCUCACUUGUAACAGUGUUUUGUUUAUUUAUUUUUGGUUCUAGAGGUCUUCAAAUUUUGUUGAGUUGUUGAGUCACAGUUUUUGUGGUUAGCUAUUCUGUACCCAAAUUUUGUUUCUUUGAUUAUAAUUUAAAAACCACAAGCAUCACCAUUAGUUACUGUUGAAGUAGUCACUUCAA